GACGACUCCUUGAUCUCUUGGCGGAUCAGUGUUAACGGACGCGCCUCAUACAUUCGGUCGGCUCACACCUUUACCUCCGUGACUUUGAUGGGGACUUGGGCAACAGGGAGAGAAAAUGCCUGUGAUGAAAGGAUUACUUGCGCCUCAGAACACGUUUCUAGACACCAUAGCCACACGGUUUGACGGCACACACAGCAACUUCAUCCUGGCUAAUGCCCAGGUGUCCAAGGCCCAAGGUUUCCCCAUCGUCUACUGUUCUGAUGGUUUCUGUGAGCUCACAGGCUUCUCCCGCGCUGAGGUCAUGCAGAAGAGCUGUGCCUGUAAGUUCCUGUAUGGCCCAGAGAGCAGCGAGACCAUCAUCCUCAGCAUCGACGACGCCCUGGAUGAACGGAAGGACUUCAAGGAAGAAAUCAUGUUCUACAAAAAGGCUGCGUCAUUGUUCUGGUGCCUGCUGGAAAUUGUCCCCAUUAAGAAUGAGAAGGGAGACGUGGUGCUCUUCCUGGCUUCAUUUAAAGACAUCACAGACAACAAGGCCAAGGCCAUCCCAGAGGGCAAGAGAGAAGAGCGCCGACAAGGGGGUCUGAAAACUGGCUCUUCAUUCAGUUCGACUCGUCUGCGGAGCAGUACUGUACUCUACCACAUCUCUGGUCACCUCCACAGCAAAGACAACAAGAAGAGGAAGAAGAGCAAGAUCAAACUCAACAAGAAUGUGUUUGGGGACCCCCCUGCUCUGCCAGAGUACAAGGUGGCGGACGCCAAGAAGUCCAAGUUCAUCUUGCUUCACUUCAGCACCUUCAAGGCGGGUUGGGAUUGGCUGAUCCUGCUGGCCACCUUCUACGUUGCCGUGACAGUGCCCUACAACGUCUGCUUCAUCGGAGAUGAUGACCUCACCAGGAGCACUACAGUCAGCGACAUCGCUGUGGAGAUACUCUUUAUUAUAGACAUUGUGUUCAGUUUCCGUACCACUUACGUGAGUAAGUCUGGUCAAGUGAUUUUCAGUGCGCGGUUGAUCUGCAUCCACUACAUGACCACGUGGUUCAUCAUUGACCUGGUCGCCGCGCUGCCCUUUGACCUCCUCUAUGCCUUCAAAGUCAGCGUGGUAUCAGUAGUCCACCUGUUGAAGACAGUGCGUCUGCUCCGGCUGCUGCGUCUGCUCCAGAAGAUGGACAGGUACUCCCAGCACAGCACUGUGGUGCUCACCCUGCUCAUGUCCAUGUUCGCCCUGCUGGCCCACUGGAUGGCCUGCAUCUGGUACGUCAUCGGCAAGAAGGAGAUGGAGGCCAACGCCUACUCCUGGGACAUCGGCUGGCUCCAUGAGUUAGGGAAGCGUCUAGAGUCUCCCUACGACCCCCUGGGGGAAGUGAACGGGACGGGGCUGAGCGGUCCCUCUCUGAGGAGUGUCUACAUCGCUUCUCUCUACUUCACCCUGUCCAGUCUGACCAGUGUGGGCUUCGGCAACGUGUCGGCCAACACCGACGCUGAGAAGAUCUUCUCCAUCUGCACCAUGCUCAUCGGAGCGUUGAUGCACGCCCUGGUGUUUGGUAACGUGACGGCCAUUAUCCAGCGGAUGUACUCUCGCUGGUCCCAGUACCACACCCGUACCAAGGACCUGAAGGACUUCAUCCGAGUCCACCACCUGCCCCAGGGCCUCAAACAACGCAUGCUUGAGUACUUCCAGACCACAUGGUCCGUCAACAACGGCAUUGACUCCAACGAGUUGCUGAAGGACUUCCCAGAUGAGCUGCGCUCUGACAUCACCAUGCACCUGAACAAGGAGAUAUUGGAGCUGUCUCUGUUUGCCUCGGCCAGCAGGGGGUGCCUGCGCUCCCUGUCCCUGCACAUCAAGACAACAUUCUGUGCCCCUGGGGAGUACCUGCUGCGCCAGGGGGACGCCCUGCAGGCCAUCUUCUUUGUCUGCUCUGGGUCCAUGGAGGUGCUGAAGGAUGGCAUGGUGUUGGCUAUACUGGGUAAGGGUGACCUGAUCGGGGCCAACAUGUCUAUAGAUGACCGGGUGAUAAAGACCAACGCAGAUGUGAAGGCCCUAACCUACUGUGACCUGCAGUGUAUCAACCUGAGUGGUCUGUAUGAGGUACUGGACCUCUACCCAGAGUACACCAGCCGCUUUGUCCAAGACAUCCAUCUGGACCUCACAUACAACCUGAGGGAGGGACACGAGUGCCAUGUCAUAUCCAGAUUGUCCACCAAACCAUUGGACACACAGACAGAGGGGAGAGGCAACGGACGAGUGAUCCAGUCCUAUCCAUCCAUCAUUGAGAACCAGGAGGAAGAGGAGGAGGAAGAUGAGUUGGCAUCUGUAUCUCCGGAAUUGGUGCGCAACAGCGUCCUGUACACUAGAGAGGUGUCUUCUGGGAAGUCUCCAUCGGGUAGAGUCGGGAUGGAGAGAGAGUUGCACAGUGGCAGAGAAGUAACACACCAGAGCACUAGGAAACUGAGGGAGAAGAUCCAGAUCCGCCAGACAGCUCUCACCACGCUAGACCCCUCCAACCUCAGCCCUAGGGUUGUGGACGGUACAGAGGAUACUGAAGGUACCUCUCCUAGUCGAGCCUGUCCAACGAGGAUAGUCACCCCCCCCAGCACUGAACAAACCCGGGUCCCACAACUGCACUGCUCCUCCAUCAUUGAGAGGGAUAAAUUCACAGAGCUGGAGAGAGUCAUGGUGGAGCUGAGAGAGCUAGUCCACACAAUCCAGACAGAACAAGCCCACGAAACAGACCAGCACAACAAACCUCCCUCCCCCCAUCCACCAAACUACCAGGAGGCACUGGAGGACUUGUCAGACAUGGAGAACAUGCUCCUGAAGCGAACAGGAAAAGACAAGGAUGUCGUCAAGGUGAGUUCUCUGGGGAAGGAGGUGGCAGAGCUGGGCCAAGUAAUGAGGAGUAUGGCUCACCUGAUGGAGUCCCUCAUCUCCGGACCCAAACCCCUCUAUCCUGCACACUUUGUUCCUGGACACCCCACGUACCUGUCCCACCCUGCGCCCACAUCCCACGCCACCCCCCCACAGUCCUACCCUCCCCCCUCUCAGACUGGACCUCUCUGGGAAGACACCCCCCUCACCACCCCCUCUCCUUGCACCUCUCCACUUGUUGGCCAUGUCCAGCGGCAUCCUGGGAUGUUCCACGUGGAUCCCGCCCUGACCGCUUUUCCACACAGACCACAGAACCUCCACCUGGUCUACCCUCUGUGCCCUGGCCCUGCCCCCUCCCCCCUUUCACGCCCCUACCCCCCCUCCUUCUCCCUCACGGACGCCUCAACAGAGCUACUGCUCCCCUCGCCCCUCACCUCUCCCGGGACGCCCCACUGUGGAGAGGGAGGGGGCGCUGGGUCCUUCAGGUUGCGGGCACGGAGUCUGGAGACCCCACAGCCACCGCGUGAUAGGAGAGGAGGGGCCCCUCAGAGCCCCGGGAGCCUGCCCCGCCCUGGAGGGAGCUACCAGCACAUGGAUUUGUAG